UACAACGAGAACAAUGUUCAGAAAAUCAUCCGUGACCAAGAUGAGGAUUUGUUAUUGGUAGGGAAAUCCGUAAAUAUGUUGAAACACAUGAGCUACAAAAUUGGCGAUGAGCUUGAUCAACAGGCUGUAAUGUUGGACGACUUGGGAAUCGAAAUGGACACCGUGGAUUCGAAAUUGGAUAGUGUAAUGCAUAAAAUUGCUAAACUAACACAUAUGGACGAUGACAAACGACAGUGCAAAGUCAUUAUGAUUCUUAGCGUGGUGAUAUUUUUCUUAAUAUUCAUUUUAAUUGUACUAUAA